CCCCAUUUCCAGCGUCCCGGCAUUGAUAGUGUACAAAACCAUCACUACCAUCUGCAUCGGCUGGAAAAAUGGUCACUCCAUCACAGCAAGAGAGAAGACUACAGCAAUGUAUCAACAAGUUGAAUCGUCAGGACAGGGAUGGGUAUCUAACUACUACCGUUGACGAGGUCUUGUUAGCGAACCAAUCCCUGCUCAGGAAACGCUCAACAUGUAGUCGCACAUUGCAUCUUUGCAACAAGUUGAACCCCAUUAUUGUAUUUCUGCAGCAUUAUGCAAAGGCAAUCGACGUCAUGGCGCAACAGUCUGGGCCGGUGGCGCUGGCAUGGGGCUGUAUCAGAGUUCUCCUUGAGUCUGUUGACUCGCAUAAUUCUUAUAUUGCCUUCCUGGUAUCCACAAUGGAAGAGAUUAGCGAUAAAUUGCAUCUUUUCCAGCGAUACGAUGGCAUCUACAGCGACUGGACGCCCUUUCGCGAUUCGCUCACCAAUGUACACUAUCACAUUGUUAUCUUUCUACUUCGCGUGAACGAAACGCUUAGAUCUGGCACGUUCAAGCUGUUCAGAAAAACUUUCGCGAUGGCUAUAAAGAAAGAGAUUCAAGGCAGUCUCGAUGCCAUCGCGCGCCACACAAGGCUCCUCGAGAGAGAAACCGAGCUUGUGCAUCAUCAAAUCACCCACUCGGAGAUCCGGAAGCGAAUCAUGGAUUGGCUGUCCCCGGUGGACGUCAUGCACGACUCUUUGCGAGCACGAGAGAAAAGAACAGACGGCACGUGCCACUGGAUCUUCAAGAAUAGGGCAUAUCUCGAUUGGAGAGACGAAAAAACCCUUGACAGGGUACUGUGGCUCUCUGGAAGACCGGGGAGUGGAAAGACAGUCCUAUUCUCGUCCGUUGUGCAAAACCUUCAACAGAAUCUGCCAGAAGGCUGCGUUGCGCACUUUUAUAUCGGCUUAGGUGACAACAGGUCGGAAUUUGUCAACGCCAUAGCUACCAUCAUCGCUCAGCUUGUCGCGUGUCAGUCUUUGCUUUCCUCGGAGCUGGUCUCGGCGUUCGAGUCGGCGGCUCGGUAUGGGAGGAAUCGACUGUCACGCGCUGAUCAGCCCAUGAAGGUUCUCAUCCAUCUGCUGCAGGCACAAAAGAUGACUUAUCUGGCUCUUGAUGGUAUUGAUGAAUGUAUGGAUCUCGAGAAUACUCUAGUAGAAAUUUCAGCUCUGAGCAAAGUGCCCAACUUGCGGAUUUUGAUCACGAGCCGCGACAUACCCGAAGUUCGCAAUUGUCUAUCGCAACACUCUGCAGUGACGUUAUCGACUGCACUUAUCAGAGACGAUAUAAACCUUUUUCUGCGUGCUGGAUUGAAUAAGAUAUUUGCGUCCUUCGAGCAAGAUGAUCUGGUCGAUAAAGUGCUCCCAAGACUGUUAGCGACCGCCGACGGGUCGUUUUUAUGGGCCCACCUCAUGCUCUGCACGUUGAAACAGACAGCUAACGUAAACGACUUGUUGAGAGCCUCCCAACAACUUCCGAAAGACCUCGAAGCAAUAUAUGAGUCGUCUCUACAACAGCUGAAUCAAAAGCCCUGUUCAACUCGGUCCUUAGGUAGAAACCUCCUCUGUUGGAUCUGCUUCUCGCGGCGCCCGUUGAAAUGGAAAGAGCUUGAAUAUGCUUUGUCGCUUGACGAGACCUUCAACGAGGCAACCGAGAGACGUCCUUUCAAGGCUGCGGUUCUACGUUUGUGUAAUCCCCUGGUAGAGUAUGAUGAUGUGCUCGAUGAGUUUCGUCCACUUCAUUGGUCGGUGUGCGAAUUCUUAGCCCAGAAGAAUGAGUCCGACUUCUUCUCCCACGAGCGGCUCUCAGGUGGCUUUGUAGCCAGUACUGCUCAUUCAAUCAUCGUGAAAGCUUGCAUCAAAAGUAUAAGCCAGAAGAGGAACCCCGAUGCACCAGACAUGGGUGUUAUCAAGCAAACCCCUUUGGCUCGGUAUGCUACUCUUCAUUGGUGUUCUCAUCUGCUGCAAGCAUCCAUAACGCCGGAUACCAGACACAUGACUGAAACAUUCAUGUCCAAUGCUGCGAAUCGGAAGGCAUGGGUCGCGCAGUAUAUGCUCCUGCAACUUAGGGCUUUCCCUCUGCAAGCCGUAUUGAGACAACUGCGAGAUGUCAACGCGUGGUUGAUCAAGGCCUCAACCCAAUCCGAAGUAUGCGCUUUUGACAUUCUUCAUGACACGCUCGAUAUCAUCCAUGGCCUAGCAGUCCAGUUUCUGGAUGUACAAUUAUCCCCAAACCUGCAACCCAGCGUUGGCCACUUCGAUACGAUGAUGGCUGUGAGAGAUCUAGCACGCGCAUAUACGCAGGCUGGUCGGUUACCCGACGCCGUCUUAUGGCUGGAAGGCGCUCUCGAAGGCGUACAAGGAAGUGACCACAUGGCUGAUAACAAACGCGCAUGGAUACUCAAUAGUCUUGGCAUCAUAUACGACCAGCAAACUCGAUCUGAAGCCGCCAUUGAAACCCAGCGGCGAGCUCUAGUCAUACAGAAAGCGAGACUGGGAACAGAACAUCUCCAUGUGGCUUGGACCAAGAACGAACUGGGGCGCGUGUUCCGACAUGUCUGGAAAUUGACCGACUCGGAGCAGAUGCAUCUAGAGGCCCUGCACACACUGGAAAUUCAUUUCCCAGAGUCGGAUCCCCAUGUCAUGUGGACGAAGAAUACGCUAGCUCGGACCUAUCGCUUCCAAGGCCGCUUCGAUGAGUCUCUGAGGUUCCACCAACAGACUUUCGAUGUGCAAGCUGGGACUCUCGGAUCCAUUCACUGCCAUACACUCUGGACACUUUCCGACGUUGCGCGCUGCUUGCGGGAUCGAGGAAAUACUGUCAUGGCGUGCGAGACGUUCUUAAAGGUUUUGGAAGGCCGGUUAGAGAAUCUCGGGGACCAGCAUCCUGAUACUCUGUGGUCAAUGAACGAUGUAGGUUUGCUGCUAUCUUUACUCGGCAAACCGCAUGAAGCUACAAAGUACCACGAGAAAGCCUACACUGGUCAGCUGCAAUGCCUUGGGAGAGAGCAUGAGCAUACGAAAUGGACCGAGACUGUUCUAGCUGGGUGCCCUAAUUAACGCUUUCUUAUUGUCUAUAGCAGAUAUUAUUUUGAUAGCCAAGUACAAAGAGGAACGGGUUGGGCUCAGGUAUAGAUUCUUAGCAAUAAUGUAUCUUAGUGGAUAGUGGAACGUUGCGCAUUGUUGUUUUAUCAAUCAAGGCUCAAAUGCUAACCAGCAAGUGAUGUACCGCUUAUCUGCUAAACACUGUCCAUCGAUCGGGUUGAAAUAGGGGAGGAACGACCCAUGGGCGUGACCGCCGUAUCCAAACUUUUUUGUGUACGUGCCAUAUGAUGGUGCCCCUCCAAACCGAUACAGGCUUCACCAACUAUAUGUACCGCUUUGUAGAACAAAUACCCACAUCAAUUUAGACUACAUAGAUAUAACACCUACGAUAUAAACGAUCAACUACGAAGAUCCCCUACAGCCCCUUAGUUCAACGCACUGCCAACCUAUCCAAAUAUGCCCACAUCAACUCCACUACCUUCGCCCUUCCACCGAAAUCAGCGCAAGAUUCCACAAUCUCACUCCCUCGCUACCUAGCUUACCCGCCAGGAAAAAAAAACCGCCAAGUGCACCAACUGAAUCUCAAUCCCUUCUUCACCUCGCGGAGUCGAAACACGGGAAUCCCGAUAUCCAUAAUACCCAGCGACAAGCAAUGGUAAGUACAUAGGUAGCUAAAACGCAGCGUUCAAUGUGUUUCGGUAUCGAUGUUCCAGAGAGGCAAAGGGCGGGCUAAAAUUAGCUAAAGUUUCAUCAACGGACGAUGUUAAGGGGCUUCUUUUUUGUUUUCUUUUUUUUUACAAAACUUCUCACGGCCAAGAGUGGCACCAAGAUUUUGUAACUCAAAUUCUCUCUUGUGUAUAUAUUUUUUUUCUUGGGGGAGGGGACGGGAAGAGUGCUAGAUACGAUCUCGGAGAUGUUGGAUUCCGUGGAGUAACAAGAGAUUUCGUUUGGAAUUAUGUUAUCUUGGCUCUUUUUUUCCUUCCC